CCUACAAUGAACCAGACCAUGGUGACCAACUUCGUCAUUUUGGGAUUCUCAGAAUUGCCUCACCUGCAGGUGUUAUUAUUCCUUAGUUUCCUCUGCCUCUACAUGGCUGCCCUCUCAGGAAACCUGCUUAUUGUGGUGGCUAUCAGUGCCAGUCCGUCUCUGCAUACACCCAUGUACUUCUUCCUGGUCAACUUGGCUAUGGUGGACCUCCUCUGUACCUCUACCAUCCUACCCAAGCUACUGGAUAGCAUGGUGGGGGCGAUGACCAUCUCUUACUGGGGUUGCAUGGCCCAGCUCUUCCUCUUCACGUGGUCACUAGGGGCAGAGCUGCUGCUCUUUUCAGCUAUGGCAUAUGACCGCUAUGUGGCCAUCUGCCAUCCCCUGCACUACAGUGCAUGGAUGGGUCCCAGGGUUUGUGCACUCCUAGCUGGGGUUGUCUGGACCAUUAGCCUGACUAACACCAGUGUGAACACAGGCCUGAUCCUGCCCCUACCAUUCUGCAGCUCUAAUUUGGUAGAGCACUUUUUUUGUGAGAUUCCCCCAUUAUUGAAGCUCUCCUGUGCCCCGACUCACCUGAAUGAGGUCAUGGCCUUUGCUGCAGAUGUGUUCCUGGCUGUGGGGAACUUCUCUGUGACCAUCCUCUCCUAUGGCUGUAUUGUGGUCAGCAUCUUUCAGAUCCGCUCUGCUGAGGGAAAGCGGAGGGCCUUUUCUACUUGUUCUGCACACCUGAUUGUAGUCACCAUGUACUACUCCACUGUCAUCUAUACCUAUAUCCGUCCUGCAUCUAGCUACUCACUGAACAAGGACAAGGUGGUAUCUGUCAUCUACACCUCUGUGGCACCCACCUUGAACCCCCUCAUCUACACUCUGAGGAACAAGGAUGUCAAAGUUGCACUUAGAAGACUUCUGUCCUGCUGCUGAACCUGUACGCAUCACCCCCUCAGCUCUAUUAUGUUGG